UCAUCUGAAAAUAAUACAGGGGACGUAAUUUUGAGUUGUACCGUCAAUUAAGACUUCCAUGUGUUAUUCUUUCAUAUUUACUGCGUAAUUGUAUUAUAUUAAUAAUAUAACUAAAAAAUCACCUUGUGCCUGUGAAGAUCGUUUAAUUCUGAUUUUCAAUUUUGUUUCUUUAGAAUCCCAUGUCAUAGUCGAAAAUGGUUCGUUGGGCAAGGCGUAGUUUGAUUGCUACUGAGAAGAGACCUCAUGAUGCUAGUAGCUGGAGCGAACUCAAGAGCUCUUCAAAAAAACCAAAGACUGAAGCACCUGAAUCUAGAAAAUAUGAUAAAAAUGUUAAUGAAAAUGUAAUGUCUGCAGCAGAGUUUCGUUUACAAAAUGCUGGGAGCAGCAAGAAAUCGGCUGCUGUUCUUGAAAAAGGUAUGAUGCUAGACUUCAUGAAACGAAAUCAUAAACGAGAAAAGCGACGUCAGAAACGUGUUGAUACUCGAGAAAAAGAUACGAUCUGUUUCAAGUGCCGUGAAAAAGGUCAUGAUAUGGCUUCAUGUCCAAAGAUGGAAGCUACUGAAGAAGGAGCUGGAAUUUGCUUUAAGUGUGGAUCUACAGAACAUUCACUAAAACAAUGUAGAGUAAAAGGGGACAGGCUGGCUUAUGCUAAAUGUUUUAUUUGCAAAGAAACUGGACAUCUUUCUAAACAGUGUCCUGAUAACCCCCGUGGCCUGUAUCCAAAUGGUGGUUGCUGUAGAGAAUGUGGUUCUGUGGAACAUUACAGAAAAGAUUGUCCUGAUUUACAGCAACAACAAGUUGCUGCUGAUCUAACAAUUGAACGAAUUGACCCUUUUGCUAGUGUUGAUGCCGAACCAGUGACACAUAAGAAAACUGUAAAACCUUCUGGACCCAAAAUUGUUAACUUCAAAUGAUAUUAAAUAUAUUUUUUUUACAAUUAAAA